CUUUAUGAUUGAUAGCAGCCCCUGGAGUGUGCUGCUCGCCUCUCACGAGUGACCUCAGAGGACAAACGAGGAAUCUCCUGGAUGUCAAUGAAAUGAAUAAAGAUUAAAGCCGUCGCUGUGUGCCUGUAAACAUAGAUUGUCAAUUUAUCUUCCUUGUAGAGAAUGCCCUACCCUUGGGUUUUACGAUAAGGGGACUCGGAAAGUGCUGUGGCUCCACUGAGCUAUGCAAACGGGCUUUUAAUGGAAUCUCUAAGGGAAACCUGAUGCCAUGAUAAGGGAGAAUUGGAAUUAACACACAGAAGUGGAACUUGGCGGAAAAUUAGGAAGCUGCUGUUAGAGACUCUGAAGGACGUUGUAAAUCUGGUGUAGGGGGCAGAGCGAGUGGUUUACGGAAUCACACCCCCCUUUCGAGACUUGGGUAGGCCUCGGUCCCGGAGGAAUGUGAAGUGGAGACGGACGCACGAGCAGGAGAGUGGCGGCACCUGACAUCUUCUUGUGCCCAUUGAGAAGGCGGGCUCCGUUACCAUGGAGAGGACCAAGCGACUGAGAGUGACCGCUUACCGUGGCCCUGCCGCACGCACAGCGGGAAAGACAGCGUGACUCCCAUCCGGAGAAGGUCACCUUUGUGGUCCAGGAGAAAGACUAAGAGAGGGGGGAGGGGGCAGAAGCUUGGCGUCCUAGCGUGAGGGAUUCAGUGAGUGACAAGCCCUCUCCAGUUUGAUGCUCAGUAACGACCUCUGGCGGCGAGUGACCUGAAGAGGCAGCAGUUGUUUGAGCCCCAUGCCGGCAGCGAUCAGCCGAUGGCAGCACUGGGAGACCGAGCCGAGCUUUAGAUGCAGUUGACGGUUGCCUCAGCAACGAAGCCCCGGCACUUAGCGACCGUCCUGACUGGAAAUGGAGACGAAACGCCCGAUGCUGGGCACGGCUGAGGACAGCGGCGCCCCCGGCCCAGUCCAACGGGACAACCCCCGGUUGCAGCCCAGCGUUUUCCCCGAGCCGGGGGCUCAGAGGCUGGCGCCAGACCCCCAGGGCCCGGUUGGUGGGACAGGGCCUUACUACCGCUCUGAACUUCAGCUUCCCGCUGAGGCUCCUCGUCAGGCCCAGUCACGGCAACUCCUGGGCGGCCCUUAUCACCACCACCACCACCACUAUGCACCCCGUCCCUUCCCACAUUUCCAGCGCCGGCCUGACCCCCGGGGAUACCCCACUCCGGAGGCGGGAGCUGGUGUGGAGGGGCGACCCUGGCCCUUCGGUCGCCCCCUGGAAGCCACACCCCCCGAGGCCUUCCUGCCCCUCCAGCACCGGUCCCGUCAGCUAGGCAAGGCCCCCAGCCCGGCCUGCUACCGCCACUACCCCCAGGCUGUGCCCGGGGCCCGAGAUGAGGCCCUGAGGAGGGACAAGAAGCCCAAGAAGCCAGGCAAACACAUCUGCCAGUACUGUGGGCGAGCAUGUGCUAAGCCCAGUGUCCUCAAGAAGCACAUCCGCUCCCACACGGGCGAGAGACCCUAUCCCUGCGCCCCCUGCGGCUUCUCCUUCAAAACCAAGAGCAACCUCUACAAGCACCGCAAGUCCCACGCCCACGCCAUCAAGGCCGGCCUACUCUCCGCUGAGGCAGAGCCUAGCUGCCGCUCGGACACAGAGCCUCUGGGAGGGGGCGAGGAGGCCGGGCUGCACUCUGAUGCUGACGAGAGCACAGACACAGACGAGGAGCUCUGCCCUGGCAAGAGGCUGUCCCAGCCGGCAUCGCCGGAACCAGAGGUGGCCGAAGCUGGCAAUCCCAUCCUGCAACGCUCCCUGAGGGUGUCUCAGAAAUACAGCUCGGACUCUGAGGUGCUCAGUGAGGAGUCGCCUGCCGGGCCCAUGAAGGUGCCCAUUCUCAUCGUCCCCAAGUGCGGCCUCCAGGCACAGGCUGAGGGCCCGCCGGCCUACGUCAAGACGGAAGCCUGCCCCAGCCCCCCUGUCAUGGUCUGGAAGUACGGGGGGCCGCAUACCAUCAAGCAGAGGCUGGCCCUGCGGCUGAAUGAGAAACGAGGGCAGGACAGUGAGCAGUCCGUCAACCUGCUGAGUCCCCACAGCAAGGGCAGCACCGAUUCGGGCUACUUCUCCCGGUCGGAGAGUGCUGAGCAGCAGGUCAGUCCCCCCAACACCAACGCCAAGUCCUACGCUGAGAUCAUCUUCGGCAAGUUUGCUAGGCUGGCCCCCAGGCCUCUGGCGGUCAACGUGGCAUUGCAGGAGCCCCCUCCGAUGGCCUGCAAGGACAAGGCCGGCUUGGCAGCAAUCCCUGGAGACAAGCCUGACCUGGAGAAGUUCAUCGAGGAGCACAUCUUGCAGCUCAUAAGCCACAACAACGUCUUGGUGGACCCCAGCCAACUAGACCCCAUCAAGCCACGAAGGUUCUCCUGUUACCGGGGAGAUGGCAGCGAGUUGCGGAAGCAUCCAAUGGCGCUGGGGGAGGCAGUCAGCGAGACCAGGGCAUUCUCUGAGGAGUCACUGGGCCCGAGCGCGAUGGAGUGCUUUGUGCCGUCGGAGAAGGAGCUCUUGGGUAUCCCGCCAGACACAGCGGACAGUGCCACAUUAACCCGGAGCAACUCCAUGCCCAUAUCCUCCGGGAAUGGCCUGGGAGUCCCCCAGGUGCUGAGGGGGAGCCACUCCUUCGACGAGAGGAUGACGGGCUCGGACGACGUGUUCCACGCCGGCUCUGCCCUGCUGCCGCACCAGCGCAUGCUGAAACGCCAGACGGCCAUCGAGCUGUUCUCUGGACUCGAGGGCCACGCCCCGGGGAGUUGCGGGCAUGACGACGGGGAGCAAGGCCCUGGGACCUUCCCCAGGGGAUCUCCCGCCGCCACGGGAGCCACCAAGAUGGAAGAAGGGGAGUUGGCCGAGGGAGGUGACUCAGCGCUGCUGGUGCGGAAAGCCCAGAAAGGAGUGGGCACGGUGUACGAGUGCGAAAUCUGUGGCGUCAAGUACCAGAUUUGGGACAACUUUGAGGCCCACAGGAAGUUCUACUGCUCGCAUGGGCCGCGUGCCAAGUGUGGAGUGCCCAAACCCCUUGGCGAGGGUGGGCUGGAGUUAUCUCAGACCACGGUGUACAAGGCUGGCCCGGUGCUGGAAAACCUACCAUUCAGGAAACGAAGGAAAGAAAAGAGUGUUGGGGAUGAAGAGGACAUCCCCGGUCGCUAUGGAGGCCCGUACGGAGGCCUGACCUGGUCACCCUCCUCAGGGGCUGAGCCCAAAGCUGAGGGGAACCCCCUCACCGAUCAGGAACCCGCCCCCAGAACCGUCUCCGUGUCAACCAUGACCACCUCAGGUUUCUUCGGCCUGCCAAGGGAGCCGGUUGCCGCGGCAACGGCAGAGGAGAGCGAGCCGCAGGCAAUGGAGGGGUCGCCAGGGGGGCAGGGCCUGGGCAAGCAGGAUGGAGGCCGGAGGGGGACAGGCAACGAGAUCUCCGUCAUCCAGCACACCAACUCCCUGAGCUGGCCAGGCUCCUUCGAGCGGUCUGAGUCCAUGGAGCUGCUUUCCGGUCCCGGGGGGCCUGACCCCUCACCCGAGGUGGGGGUGGGGGUGGGUCAGCACCCGCCAGCGGAGGUGGGAGAGCUCCAGGCCGGCCCACAGCCCCAGCCAACACCCAAGCUGGUGCGCCAACACAAUAUCCAGGUGCCGGAGAUCCGGGUGACAGAGGAACCGGACAAGCCGGAGAAGGAGCCAGAAGAGGCCCCCGUCAAGGAGGCCGAGAAGGUGCCUGAGGAAUUCCAGUGGCCGCAGCGGAGCGAAACGCUGUCCCAGCUGCCCGCCGAGAAACUACCGCCCAAGAAGAAGAGGCUGCGCCUCGCCGAGCUGCAGUACUCGUCCGGGGAGUCGAGCCUGGAGUCCGGCACACUGUCCCGGAGUCUGAGCCAGGACAGCAACUGGUCGCACAGCUCCAGCUUCUCGCUCUCGCUGGAGAGAGACGAGGGCCCGAAGCCUGGGGCCUCGGGCAGGCCGGAGACGGCCGAGUACCUGACGGUGCCCUACGUGGUCAACAGCCCGGGCCUAUUGGGUCAACAGCAGCAGCAGGAGCAGCAGCAGCAGAAGGAGAUGAGGCGUUCGGCCUCAGAGCAGGCCCCGUGCCAGCCCUACCUGGAGAUGGUGGAGACCCGCAGCAAGUCCUUCGACUACGGCAACCUGUCUGGAGGCCCUGGGGGGGCUGGACCCCGCUGUGGGCCUGCUCCCGCCUCCUCCCCCGCUGUCAGGGAGAGGAGACGGUGCUUCCUGGUGCGCCAGGCCUCCCUUGGACAGUACUCGGAGAAUUCCCAACCGGAGCACGGGCUGGAGCUGGGCGAGCCGAUGCAGGUCUCCGGCCACCAGGCGUGCGGGCCUGCCCUCCCAGGCCGGGGACCUCGACACCGCCCGGUCUCCCCCACCGACCGUCCCUGCGACGCCCCUUACCCGCCCCUCGACUUCCACCAGCCCUGGCAGCUCUACCAGCCGGCCCCGCCCUUCCCUGCCCCCGGCUCCGAGCCCUACCCCCCCACCGGGCAGUGGCCAGCGGUUCCCCUGCAGCUCCCGUGCCCUCCUCUCCUCCCCGGCGAGGCCUACCCCGGUCAGCCAGUAGAGAGGCGCCCUCAGGCCCGGCCGGGCUGGGGGGACAAGGAGCAACCUUGCCCCUCACCCCGGGCCUCCCCUCAGCACUCCCCCGGGCGCCGGGCCCCCGCCCCGCGCUCCAGCCGCACCCCUCCCUCUCUGCUGGUGCCCGUCAGGAUUCAGGCCAACGUGCCCACCUAUGGCAGUGUCAUGUACACCAGUGUCUCCCACGCUUCAGGGGGUGCCCGCGGGCCCCUCAGCCACAGCCCUGGCCUGGUCAUCUGCAAGGUGGAGGGCCGCUCGCCCGCCCAGGAGCCGGGUGGGGUAGGAGGAGGGCAGUGCGCCCCCUGGGGGCUGCCCACACCCUCGGCAACAGCAGCAGUGGCUGGCACGGCCGGGGAAGUGCCGGUGCCCCUCACCGUGGGCCUGGUGAGCACGGACGGGGGUUCAUCCAUCGGGGGCAGCAAGCGCAUGCUCUCCCCUGCCAGCAGCCUGGAGCUCUCCGUGGAGACCCAGCAGCAGAAGCGGGUCAAGGAGGAGAAGAUCUGCGGGCAGAUGCUGGAGAAGCUCAGCCUGCGGGAGUCCGGCACCCCUAGCACGCCUGCCGGUGCCAAGGCGGCCAAGCCGCAGCUGGUGCGCCAGUUCUGCACCACCGGCGAGGCGAGGGAAGGCCAACCGUCACCCUCUGGCUCCUCCCCGCGAUGGCACGGCCCUCAGAGCCUGGAGUCGGCCCCUUCCGAGGAGCGCCCGUCGCUCGGCCAGUGCAGCGACAUGGAGUCCCUGGAGAGCCUUGAGGUGGAGAGUCCGCAGAGAGCGCCCCCGUCGCCGGGCGACCUCCCCUCGGAGCCCCCGCCCCUGCUGGCCCCCCAGCACAAGUUCCCCAUCAGCAUGCUCCUCCAGGUGCCCGUCAGCCAGGGGGGCACGGUGGUGGGUGGCACCGUGCUCCUCUCGGACGUGUCUGACCUCCAGCAGUUCCUGCAGUUCCCCAGCCUCCGCACCUCCACCAGCGUCAGCUGGUGCUUCCUGAACUACACCAAACCCAACCCGACCCGGCACACGGCCCCCAAGCUCUCCAUGUACGCCACCUGGUGCAUCAGCUCGUACAACCCCAACCCCCCGGGCACUGCCACAAAGGUAGCCCUGGCCCUCCUCAGGUCCAAGCAGAAGGCAGCCAGAGAGAUCUACAUCAUGUCCGCUCUGAACUGGCCCAGUUCUGGAAAGCUGGUGGCCUCCAGUGGCUGGAAGCAGAGAAUAGCCCAGAUGAAAUGGUAUGAAUCUUCGCAGGGUGAUCAUGAUGCGGCUGGAAGGAAAGCAGCAGGAAGUUUUGAGAAGGAAAGGGAAAAGAUGGAGACGGGUGUGAACAAAGACCAACCUGGCAAGCAAGUGGAGCCCACCAGGAUUAAAAUCUUCGAUGGCGGGUAUAAAUCCAAUGAAGACUAUGUCUAUGUGAGGGGGCGGGGCAGAGGAAAGUAUAUCUGUGAGGAAUGUGGAAUUCGCUGUAAAAAGCCCAGUAUGCUGAAGAAACACAUCCGCACCCACACCGACCUGCGACCUUUCAUGUGCAAGUUCUGCAAUUUUGCUUUCAAGACGAAAGGAAACCUGACAAAACAUAUGAAGUCAAAGGCUCAUACCAAAAAAUGCCUGGAGUUGGGAAUCGCGGUAACCUGCACGUACAGCACGGACACGGAGGAAGCAGGAAUCCCGGAAGAGCCUGAGAAGGAUGCGUUGGGUGAUGUUCCAGUCCGGCAUCAGUUUUCCGAUCCAGAAGAAUCCGACGGAGCGGAGGAGGAGGCGGACGAAGAUGACGAUGAUGAGGAUGACGACGAUGAAGAUCGCCAAGGCGACAGCACUCCAACCACCAGGUCGCGAAGCACGAGCCCACUCCCACGUCCCUCCAGAGCCCCCUCAGGCACUUUUGGCAUCACCUCAUCCUCCGCAUUCGACGUGUCGCCCUCGACAAACCAGUCUUCCCUCAUCAGCUACUUGGUGACACUACCCAGGAUCCAAGCGACUCAAUUCAUGCCACCCAGUUAUUCACACGCGGGGACUCCACUGACAGACUACCCGAGACACUUGCAGAGCAGGUUGGCAGAGUCAGCCGAGCACAAAGACAGACUGGACAUCCCGACGCCCCCCAACGUGUGGCUGGCACGCAUCAGCGAUGACACGUCUUCGAGGGACGAUAGCUCCAGAGAGGUGUCCCCCUCAGGAGACACAGGCUCGAGCGCUCACCCGUCGCCAGCCUACGAAGGGUCCCCGGGCAGCGACCCCUCCCCCACUCCGCGAAGGUACUUAUCUCCAAGGAGGGAGCUCUCCCCCAGGCGGCACUUGUCCCCGCGGAGGGAGAUUUCACCAAUUCGGCACCGCUCGCCAAAGAGGGACGCCUAUCUGAGUGAGUUCUGCCUGAGGCGAGAUGCUUCCCCACGCCGUCCCUUCCUCCAGAGGAGGGAGAUCCAGUCUCCAAGGCAGCUGUCCCCAGUCAAGGACCUCUCCCCGAGAAGGGAAUUGUCACCAAGGAGGGACUACAGAGACAGGAGGCACAUGCCUUUGGUGAGAGCGACAUCGCCUAGGCGAGGCUGCCUUCAGGGUGGCUCCAUCAUAGGUCCAUACGUGCAGCAUUCAGACCUGAGUCUGAGACCAUCUCACCAGAAUCCAUUGGACAACAGCAGAAUGGUUCCCUGGCCGUCAUAUCCUGUGUGUGAAACUGCCCAAGGAGACCAAAGCCAUACCAUCCUUCCCAAUGGGCCUCAGGGCUGCCUCUUCAGCCACCUUCCAUUGCACUCACAGCAACAAGUGCGGGCCCCAUACCAGAUGAUCCCCAUUGGAGGCAUCCAGAUGGUCCAUUCUGGAGCUGCUCCUCUGCCCGGGCCGCUGCCGGCGCCUCAGCUCCCCCUGGGGGCCAGGAGGAGGGAGGAAAGCAUCAUCGACGAGGCCACCCACUGCGUCAUCGAGAGCAUCAAGGAGAUGGACAUCUUCUCCAAGUCCGAGGACGUGCAAAUUGAGUCCCCGAUGGCUGUGUCGCCACCCCGGCCGACCAGCCCCACCGAUCCCCUCGGGGCUGAGGUGUUGGGGGGCACCGGUGAGGAAGGGGUGCGCGGUCGGAUGGCGGAUCAGCGGACGUUGCAGGGCCCUCUCGCUCCCAGCAGGGGGCACAGCGAGCACCCAGUCCCUCCUGGUCAUGAGGGUGAGGAGUUUCGAUGUCCAGCAGAGGAAGGAGAGAGGGCCGGGAGGGCAGGAUGUCCCCCGAGCAGUUGGGCCUGGGGCAUUUCAGCAAGUCCACCUUGAAGACCAUUGGGUAAUUGGAAACAACCACCAGGAGUAAUUGGUACCCACGUUGAAAGGAACGAGAGAGAAAGACCGAGCGUGAGAGAGAGAUUGUCAGACAGAAAGCCUGGGCAGGAGACAUUGACUGAAACCACUGGUGGGGCAAUGGAGGGGAACAAUUAAGGCACAGUGCCACAAAAUACCCUCCCGGCUGGAUUCCCAGUGAAGGCAAGAGUUUGGGAAGGAAGGAGAGCAUGCUACAACCUUUGUCUAUCUGUGGUCUAGACUUUGAACACGCAAAAUAUUUGAAAAUAUUUUCUAUUUGUCCGUGAGAUGAAACAAAAAAACCCCGACCAAAAGCAAGUUCCUUCUGUUGUCCUCGUUAAGUAUUUUUUUUUAAGAAGGUGUUGCAGAUAUUUUGUGCCUUUUAUUUUUGCUCAAACUCCUGUAUGCAUUACAAAGGAAGGGGAGAAAUUGUACAUAUUUUAGAAUUUUGUGUACAUGGCUUUAAUAAUUGUGAUGUUUUCUUUUCAGAGCACUUGUUUUGGUGGGAGGGGUGGGGGGGUUUCGUCUUGAAUUAUGUGAAUGAUCCGAAACGGUUUAUUUUUAUGGGUUUUGGGUGAUGGGGUGAAGUAUCAUGUGAGGUUGCACUAAAAAUGUAUUUUUAUACAAUUGAAUUACUCUUAUGUACAGCAAUGAUUCUGUGAUACUAAUAUUUAUUACUUUUUGUUUUGUUUUAUAACUUGCAGAAGUUCUGUUUCUCUCUCUAAUUGUAGGCACCUCUGACAUGAAGCAUGGGAUUUGUCUUUUCUCUGUUUUGCGGGAGUUAGAACAAAGAUUUGUAACGCUGUAAAUUGUUUGCUGCUGAGAUUCCGAGGGGUGGGCAUUGCUAUCAGAUGUGACUCCCUCCUCUCCUUCAGAAAGAUCAAACCAUUACAAAUAAUUCCUCUUUGGUUUCAGUUCCAGCAGCCGGUGCUGGUUUUGUGGGAUUGUCAGGGAAGAGAGAGGCAAAAGGUAGAUUAGAUUAGACUUACAGUGUGGAAACAGGCCCUUCAGCCCAACAAGUCCACACCGACCCGCCGAAGCGCAACCCACCCAUACCCCUACAUUUACCCCUUACCUAACACUAUGGGCAAUUUAGCAUGGCCAAUUCACCUGACCCGCACAUCUUUGUGACUGUGGGAGGAAACCGGAGCACCCGGAGGAAACCCACGCAGACACGGGGAGAACGUGCAAACUCCACACAGUCAGUCGCCUGAGUCGGGAAUUGAACCCGGGUCGACAGGCGCUGUGAGGCAGCAGUGCUAACCACUGUGCCACCGUGCCGUAAUUGAGGGAAGAUUUGACAGAGCACGAACAUUUGAGGUAGAGAUCUUUUCCCAUUUUCCCCCUUUCCCCCCAGUUGUCUGUCCCUCUUUUCUUCCUUGUCUGCUCACCAACUGCUCUUCAUUGUCUUCUGCUGUCCUUGAGAAGCCCCAGCGUCUCCACAUCCCAUUGAAAAAUCCUCCCUCAGCCCUCCCAGAGUCAAAACGUGCAGUGCUGGAACAGCCGGUCAGGCAGCAUCUGAGGACAGGAGAGGCCAUGGUGAUGGGCUUAUGCCCAAAACCUUGACUGUCCUGCUUCUCCAAUGCUGCCUGACCAGCUGUGCUUUUCCAGCACCACACCUUUUGACUCUGAUCUCCGACACAUGCAGUCCUCAUUUUCUCCUCGCUGUCAGCCCUCCCCAACCCUAGCUCCCUUACGGGACCUUCCCUGUCAAGAUGACUGAGAUAGACAACGCAGUUGAAUAGCCUGAGAUGGAAGGGGUAACCCUUACCUCCUCACAGACGCGGGGAGAAUGUGCAAGCUCCACACAGACAGUCACCCGAGGCUGGAAUCGAACCCGGGUCCCUGGCGCUGUGAGGCGCUGUGAGCACUGAGCCACUGUGCUGCUGUGAAAAGCCAGGCCAGAAAUCUGUGCAAAUAAAAUCAAUUUAUUUUUUAAAACUGUAAGUCCUUCAGGAGCAUGUUUAAGUUUGUUAAAUUGGGAUAUCAGAUGGUAUUGCCCACUCCUUUCUUUUUAUAUAUAUAUAGAUCUAAAAAUGUUUUUUUAAAAAUGACGUACCGUGAUUAUGCACUUAAAAAGACAAUAGAUUGAAAACCGAAGAAUGCAUAUGAUGUAAUCAUUUGUUUGAAUUAAAUUUUUAAUCCAGACUGUUGUCGUAUUCAUUAUAAAUGAAGUGCUUACUGGUAAUUUUAAAAUAUAAUACUGUUUAGCAUUAAUUGAAUUGUAUCUGGCUGGUGUACAUCUUUUAUGCCUUUGUGAAGGUUUAAAACAAAAAAAAAUAUUUUAAACUUACAUGUGAAUAUUUUUUGUGUGCUGUGCUUGAGACAUUUAGCAGAGACGGAAAAUACAUUCCAAAAAACCUGUACAUACUGUAUAUUCCAAGUGAGUUAUCUGUGUAAUUCUUUUGUGUAAUUACUCAUAAACGGACACUGUCACCACAUUUCCUGUUUUCACACUUAACUGUACAGCAAAGACUUGAAGAACGAGUGUGAUAAAAAGCACAGACCUGUCAUUUUAAACAAGAUAUUCUAUAUAAAUAUAUAUAUAUAU